CCUACGCAAAAGGUGCUUAAAGCAACUGCAUCGAGGACACCCAGGAACGCAACGGAUGAAGGCCAUAGCUCGAUCGUAUGUAUAUUGGCCCUCACUUGACAGUGAAAUUGCAGAGUAUGUGAAAGCGUGCCCCCACUGUGCACGAGCUGCCAAGUCACCAGUGCAUGCAUCGCCUGUCCCUUGGCCAAAGUCACAACGGCCAUGGCAGCGUGUGCACGUGGAUUAUGCUGGACCACUCGACGGUGAAUAUUUCCUUUUGGUAGUGGACUCGUACUCUAAGUGGCCAGAAGUAGUCCAAACCAAUCGAAUUACUACCACAGCAACGAUAAGAAUUCUUCGUAACCUCUUCGCUAGACUAGGGAUGCCAGAGACACUCGUAUCUGAUAAUGGUACCCAAUUCACGAGUGCUGAGUUUGCCGAGUUUUGCAGUUCGAAUGGCAUCCAACACAUUACAACUGCACCGUUCCACCCCCAGUCCAACGGGCAAGUUGAGCGGUUUGUCGACACAUUCAAACGGGCAACGACAAAAAUUCGCGAAGGGAAAGGUACAAUGCAAGCAGCAUUGGAUCAAUUUUUGCUGACCUACAGAAGUACACCUCACCGUUCUACACCGAAUGGUGCUUCGCCAGCAGAAAUCAUGUUCGGUAGGCAGCUCCGUACCCAUCUUGAACUAUUACGACCACCGUCCAAACGUCAGCAAGCUGUAGAAAUAGUGCCUCCGGUAAACCAUCGUGAAUUCCAAAGAAACGAUCUUGUGUAUGUGAAACUUUACAGCGGUAACACUUGGACCUGGGUACAUGGAACAAUAUUGGAUAAGCUAGGGAAAGUUAUGUAUAAUGUGUGGGCAGAUAAUCGUCGUCUAGUACGCUCACACGUCAACCAGCUUAGAAGCCGUUCUUCAUCGAAUGCCGAUAGUAUCCCGGAGACAAGCAAGUCAAGAAACACAACGCUACCUUUAGAUGUACUUCUAUCGUCGUGGGACUUACAGGAACCGAAUAAGCCAGCUAUACCUACACCGGCAACAAGGUCGAAAUCAUUCGGCACCAUCCCUACAUUGUCACCUCAACCGGAGAGCACCUCAGCCAUGGCAGUCAUUAAUAACCAAUCAUCGUCAACCAUAUCUGCAUCUUCCAACAUCCAGUCAGCAACGUCAAGCACGCAAGUGGUACAAGAGCCUCGACGUUCUUCGCGCACUAGAAGGAUGCCUGCUCGCUUCGAUGUGUACCGUCAGUUUUAACGAGGGAGAUGUUGGGGCAAAUGGAGCAUAGCUGGGAACACGGUCUCAACCGAGCUUCUGGGCUUCACCGCUGGGCUCAUCCCUGACAGCCGGACUGUCACACGAUCGAUGCCAAAUGUCAGCACACAACUUGUCAGUUUAACUUCCGACUCGCCCACUCACGAUGUAAUACUGUUUUAGUCUGUAGUAAAGUUGUUAAUCGUUUUAUAAUUAAUUGAGUUGCGUUUAUAUAUUUCGGGUGAUAGUUAUCACGGCG